ACGACGAGCGGGCUCUGGCCCAGGAGCAGGGACAACACCUCAUCCCCUGGAUGGGGGACCCCAAGAUCCUCAUCGACAGGUCGGUUCCUCCCCCCACCCGCCGACCCUCCCCUCUCCCGCCUGAUUUCGUCUAUGUUGACUUGAUGGCCAGGACUGAAAAGGGGAGUUCUGAGCCCGCGAGGAUCCGGGGACCCCUCCCCUGGCCCCACCUCCUCCUGGCGUUCUGGGGGGAGGGGACGGUGAAACCUGCCCUAAGGCACUGGCUGGAGUCGAGCAGCGUCCACCGCCGGAGGGACCGUCUCCGUUGCCGCAGCCCUCACGACCCCUCGCCCCUGUCGCCGGCUGUGGUUGGCGACUCGGCGCAGUGGGAGUUGCCGCGCCCGGGGCCUCCUCCCCGCCAGCGCCUGGGGCCUGCCGGCGCUGCCCUGAGUGGUGUGCUGGGCGGGCGGCCGGGAGGCGCGUUUUCAUUCUUCCCAAACGCCGCGCAGAGGCCGUGCUUAGAAGCCUCGGUUGGACCCCGGGAGUUAGCCUGGACCUCUUAACGCCCCCAGCGCCCUCAGCGGAGUGCUCGUACUUUGCCGGCAUGACAUUUGACUCCCCCAGCGGCCCCCUCCCCCGUGAUAAUCGGACGAAUUUGACAGAUUGGGGUGGUGGGUGAAGUUGCCCAUCAGUUGGAUGCCCGUUGACUUCGUGCGGACCCUGGCCUUGCUCUUAGAGCCAAGUGGCUAGGGGGCGAGCCUAGCCAAGAUUUUACCUCCAAUGGACGCAAGUUUCUUUGGUGAAGAUCUCUCCUGAGAGUUCGGGACUAGCAGAAAGAAGCGAGGAAAUUUCGACCGUUUGGUUCUUACGGAUAGAUAUGAUGGACGUGGUCACCUGCAUGACCUUUCUGAGUAUGAUGCUGAGUAUUCCACAUGGAACAGAGAUUAUCAGCUGUCCGAAGAGGAGGCACGAAUAGAUGCCCUGUGUGAUGAAGAGAGAGGAAGAAUACAAGCGACUGAGUGAAGCACUAGCAGAAGACGGGAGCUACAAUGCCGUGGGUUUCACUUACGGUAGUGACUAUUAUGACCCAUCAGAGCCUACAGAGGAGGAGGAGCCUUCUAAACAGAGAGAAAAAACUGAGGCUGAGAACUUAGAGGAAAACGAAGAACCUUUCAUUGCACCGUCAGGGCUGAAUGUCCCGUCUGACGUGGAGCUGCCACCAACAGCCAAAAUGCAUGCCAUCAUUGAGCGUACAGCCAAUUUCGUGUGCAAGCAGGGAGCACAGUUUGAAAUAAUGCUGAAAGCCAAGCAGGCACGAAACUCUCAGUUCGACUUUCUACGCUUCGAUCACUACCUCAACCCUUACUACAAAUUCAUCCAGAAGGCUAUGAAGGAAGGACGAUAUACAGUACUGGCAGAAAACAAAAAUGAAGAGAAGAAAAAAUCAGGGGUCAGCUCUGACAAUGAAGAUGAUGACGAAGAAGAAGAUGGGAAUUACCUGCACCCAUCUCUCUUUGCCUCUAAGAAGUGCAGCCGCCUUGAAGAGCUGAUGAAGCCCUUGAAGGUGGUGGACCCGGAUCACCCCCUAGCAGCACUUGUCCGUAAAGCGCAGGCUGACAAUUCUGCCCCCACACCACACACUGCAGACGGCACACCUGUGCAGCCCUCCCAGGUGGAGUACACGGCAGACUCGACAGUGGCAGCCAUGUAUUACAGCUAUUACAUGUUACCAGAUGGCACCUACUGUCUGGCACCUCCCCCUCCGGGAAUCGACGUGGCCACUUACUACAGCACCCUUCCUGUGUCCAGCUCCCCUGGAGCAACGACCACUGCCCCACCACCUCCUGGGACCACGCCACCGCCUCCCCCAACCACAGCCGAAUCCAGCAGCGGGGCGACCUCCACCACGACCACCACAAGUGCCCUUGCACCCGUGGCCACCAUCAUCCCACCACCCCCCGACAUUCAGCCCGUGAUUGACAAGCUGGCAGAGUACGUCGCCAGGAAUGGCCUUAAAUUUGAGACCAGUGUUCGUGCCAAGAACGAUCAAAGAUUUGAGUUCCUACAGCCGUGGCACCAGUACAAUGCCUACUAUGAGUUCAAAAAGCAGUUCUUCCUCCAGAAAGAAGGGGGCGAUAGCACACAGGCUGCAUCAGCACCAGAAGAGGCUCCUGCAGAAUCUGCUCCUGAAGAGCCGAGUGAUGCUGGAGAGGAUAGUGUGCCUGCAGACACUGCUGAGGCGGCAGGACGAGGAGGCUCAGGCGGGAAGAAGGAGGUUGCAUCCAGUAAAACCAUCCUGGACGGGAAGCUGGUAAAAGCUUCAUUUGCUCCAAUAAGCUUUGCAAUCAAGGCCAAAGAAAAUGAUCUACUUCCCCUGGAAAAAAAUCGUGUUAAGCUAGAUGAUGACAGUGAUGAUGAUGAAGAAAGCAAAGAAGGCCAAGAAAGUUCUAGUAGUGCCGCAAACCCCAGCCCGGCAGUUGCCCCACCCUGUGUAGUUGUGGAGGAGAAGAAGCCUCCACUUACCCAGGAGGAGCUAGAAGCAAAGCAAGCAAAGCAAAAGCUGGAGGACCGCCUUGCAGCUGCUGCCCGGGAAAAGCUGGCCCAGGCGUCUAAGGAGUCGAAGGAGAAACAGCUUCAAGCAGAACGUAAAAGGAAAGCAGCGUUAUUUUUACAAACCUUAAAAAAUCCUCUCCCAGAAGCAGAAGUUGGGAAAAUUGAGGAGAGUCCUUUCAGUGUAGAGGAAGCCAGUGCUAUGCCCUGUCCUCUACUGACUGGGGGUAGACCUCUGCCCACUCUAGAAGUUAAACCGUCUGAAAGGCCUUCGAGCAAAAACAGAGACUCCCUGAGAGAAGAAGAGAAAGAAAAGAAGAAGAAGAAACACAAGAGAAGGUCUCGGUCAAGGUCGCGCUCUCCCAAGCACCAUUCGUCGUCCAAGUGCAGGUCUCGGUCACACGCCAAGGCAAAGCAUUCUCUCCCCAGUGCCUACCGGACAGCGCGGCGGUCCAGGUCACGCUCCCGGUCCCCUCGGAGGAGAGCUCACUCCCCCGAGAGACGGAGGGAAGAAAGAAGUGUCCCCACCGCCUACCGGAUGAGCAGCAGCCCUGGGGCAAGCAGGAAACGGACCCGCUCCAGAAGUCCCCAUGAGAAGAAGAAGAAGAGGCGGUCACGAUCAAGGACCAAGUCUAAGGCCAGGUCUCAGUCGGUGUCCCCGAGUAAGCAGGCAGCACACCGGCCCACGGCCCACUCAGCCCACUCGGCCAGCGUCUCUCCUGUGGAGAGUCGGGGCUCCAGCCAGGAGCGUUCCAGGGGAGUUUCUCAGGAAAAAGACGCUCAGAUCUCUUCAGCGAUCGUCUCUUCCGUGCAGAGCAAAAUAACUCAGGAUCUCAUGGCCAAAGUAAGAGCAAUGCUUGCGGCUUCCAAAAACCUACAGACCAGUGCCUCCUGAGAUAGCAGCCCCACCGGGUGGGGACAGGUGCCGUGCACAGCGACUAGUGUGGGGCUUGUGGCUCCCAGAGUCUGAGGUCACAGAAACGGGGACAGCUGAAGAGCUCGUUUCAUUACAGACCCAUCACAGAACAUCGUCCAGAUCUUCCACCCUGGGACUCCCUUGGACAAUUGGUGGUUUUUGUAAAUUAAUUUUUGAUGACAUUUUCAGUUUAAGAUUUUUGACCAGCAGUCUCUUACCUGUAUAUUUGUAAAUAAUAUCAUGUUUCUGUGGAAAUGUAUUAUCAAAUAAAAUGGGAGGAUAACACCUUUUCUAGCUA